CCGCCGCCCUCGCUGUCCCCCGGGCGGCCGGAGACGGCGGCGGCGUCUGCGGGAAGCCGUGUCUCCGCAGUGACGUGGGCGGGCCGAGGGCCGGGUGACGUCAGAGGCUGUGUGUAGCGAUGUGUGUGGGGUUCGGAGCGGCGCCGGCACAGCGAAGGCGGCGGCGGGCGAGCGGCGGCGACGGCGGGCACAGGUCAAUUAAAAGAAGAACUGUAAUUCUUGAAGAUAACUGGGCAGGUUUUUUUUAAUUAUAGAAGUUGAGGUGAAGUGGAGGUUUGGACAAGUCUUCAGUUUGUUGACACAGCAGCAGACCACCGUUUUCCGUGAAGCUACCCUCACCCCUUCUUUUUUGGUGUCCUUGGCAAAAAUUAAAUGUUACAUCAUUGUAACUCAUAUUCAGUGUGGUUCUAGGAUACAGUAAUGGCGUAAACUUCCACAUGCUCUGCUUAAAAGACAGAACCACCAGACUCAGCCACUACACUCAACCCUGGGCAUCUCGAAUUGAGAAAUUAGCCUUAUUUUAAUACAAACAUCUGAAGAACCCAAGAGAACAAGAUUGUCCUCAGAAGUCAGCUUAUGAUUAAUAUUCUUUAUUAUCAGAAGCAAAAUGAGAAAUUUUGUGGUAUUUUCGGUUAUAUCCUAAGGUAUAACUAAACCAAAACCAAUUUGCACAAAUCUAUUGAGUAAGAAAAUUCAUCUUCGGAAAGUAAACAUUUUUUAAGGGAGUCAUAAGUAUUUGUAUACAUUGCCCCUUUCUCUUCAAAUUAGCAACUGGGUGCAACAUGCCAAUUGUAGACUUAAUUAUUUAAAACACCAGUGUAGCCAUGGAAAACCUACAGUCCAAUUUCUCCUUAGUUCAGGGUUCAAGUAAAAAACUGAAUGGAAUGGAGGAUGAUGGCAGCCCUCCUGUGAAAAAAAUGAUGACAGACAUUCAUGCCAAUGGGAAGACGCUAACCAAGGUGAAGAAGGAACAUUUGGACGACUGUGGAGACGAAGCAGUGGAGGCCGAUGGAGAGCAUGCUCAGCGGAACUGUGCUUCCAUUCAUGAAACUUUACAUUUAAACCCCAGUCUGAAACACACACUGGCGCAAUUCCAUCUAAGUAGUCAGAGCUCUUUGGGGGGACCAGCAGCGUUUUCCGCUCGCUAUUCCCAAGAAAGCAUGUCCCCGACUGUGUUCCUGCCUCUUCCGUCUCCUCAGGUUCUUCCCGGACCUCUUCUCAUUCCUCCUGAUAGCUCCACAGAGCUCACCCAGACUGUUUUGGAGGGGGAGUCUAUUUCUUGUUUUCAAGUUGGAGGAGAAAAGAGACUCUGCUUGCCCCAAGUCUUGAAUUCUGUCCUCCGAGAGUUUUCACUCCAGCAAAUAAACACAGUGUGUGAUGAGCUAUACAUAUAUUGUUCAAGGUGUACUUCAGACCAGCUUCAUAUCUUAAAGGUCCUCGGAAUACUUCCAUUCAAUGCCCCAUCCUGUGGGCUGAUCACAUUGACUGACGCACAAAGACUCUGUAACGCUUUACUGCGGCCACGGACUUUUCCUCAAAAUGGUAGCAUACUUCCCGCUAAAACCUCUCUGGCUCAGUUAAGGGAAACCGGCAGUGCCUUUGAAGUCGAACACGAGUGCUUAGGCAAAUGCCAGGGUCUCUUCGCACCGCAGUUCUAUGUGCAGCCUGACGCUCCCUGUAUCCAGUGUCUGGAGUGCUGUGGCAUGUUUGCGCCCCAGACGUUCGUCAUGCAUUCUCACAGGUCCCCCGACAAGAGAACUUGCCACUGGGGCUUCGAGUCGGCCAAGUGGCACUGUUAUCUUCAUGUGAACCAAAAAUACCUGGGGACACCCGAAGAAAAGAAACUGAAGAUAAUUUUAGAAGAAAUGAAGGAGAAGUUUAGCAUGAGAAAUGGAAAGAGAACCCAAUCAAAGACAGACACACCAUCAGGAAUGGAAUUGCCAUCCUGGUACCCGGUUAUAAAACAGGAAGGUGACCAUGUAUCUCAGACACAUUCAUUUUUACACCCCAGUUACUACUUGUACAUGUGUGAUAAAGUGGUUGCACCGAAUGUCUCACUCACAUCUGCUGUAUCCCAGUCUAAAGAGGUUACCAAGACAGAGACAAGUAAGUUCCUCUCCAAACAGUCAGAAAAGCCUCAUGGUAGUAGUAAACAUCAAAAAACAGUGUCUUACCCAGACGUCUCACUUGAGGAACAGGAGAAAAUGGAUUUGAAAACAAGUAGAGACUUAUACACUCGUUUAGAUCCACUGAUCUCAAAUAGCUCUAUGAGUAAAAAGAAGUCUGAGUCUCCUGUUUGCGGCUUAGUGAGAGGCAUCAGCAAGCGUGCUGCUGAAGCUGUCUCCCCGUUUCUGGUCAGAGAUGGUACUUGUGAGGAUGACAAGGGGAAGAUCAUGGAAGAAGUGAUGAGAACCUAUGUAACACAGCAGGAGAAGCUGAAUUCAAUUCUGCAGAAGAAGCAACAGCUUCAGAUGGAAGUGGACAUGUUGAGCAGCUCAAAGGCGAUGAAGGAGCUCACUGAGGAGCAGCAGAGUCUCCAGAAAGAACUUGAGUCUCUGCAGAAUGAGCAUGCUCAGCGGAUGGAGGAAUUCUACACUGAACAGAGAGACUUAGAGAAGAAGCUGGAGCAGGUGAUGAAGCAGAAGUGCACCUGUGACUCCACCUUAGAGAAGGACAAAGAGGCUGAGUACGCGGCCCAGUUGGCAGAACUGAGGCAGAGACUGGACCAUGCUGAAGCGGACCGGCAAGAGCUCCAGGAUGAACUGAGACAGGAGCGGGAGGCGAGGCAGAAGUUAGAGCUGAUGAUAAAGGAGCUGAAGGCGCAGAUGGUGAAGUCGGCCAAGACCACCAAGGAAUAGGAGCUGGAGGAGAGACGCGUCUGCGUUUGGUGACAGGGCUUUGUGUCUGUCGCUUGCUUUGGACAUUGAAUUCUGUCAUCUUACUUUAUCUGCAUGAAGAUAACAGAUACUCUGUUCAUUUGUAGGGCAGCAAAGUGAAGAGAUUCUAUAUUAGUACAUAAUUUUUCUGUUUUCCAAAUGAAUGAAAAUGUAUGCUUCUUUGUUCUUUUCCAGUCAGCUUGGUAAUGAUAGCCUGUGUAAUUCCAGCUGUAGACGGUCUGCCUGUCUUUCUAAGGCAAGCCUAACAGUUACAUGCUUUUCAAAGCUACACUUGUGGUGGAAAAUAGCUGUGUCAGUUCUGUUGUGCAUAUUUCAGGCUCGAUUUUUAGAUACGGUGGUGAUGUUUGUGAUAUAGAGCUACUCAACUCUGUAUCUUCCUUCUCAUUACAGAAUAUCUUAUUACAGAAUCUUUUUUUUUUUUUUUUUUUUU